AUGAGUUACGCCUAUCUUUUUAAGUAUAUUAUCAUCGGUGAUACUGGUGUCGGUAAAAGUUGCAUCCUCUCUCAAUUCAUAGAUAAGAGAUUCAAAGAAAAGCACGAUGUAACUAUCGGUGUCGAGUUUGGUGCAAGAAUGAUUAGUUUUGAUAAUAAAAAUAUUAAGCUUUAGAUUUGGGAUACAGCUGGUUAAGAAUCCUUUAGAUCAAUUACUCGUUCAUAUUAUAGAUCAGCAGCUGGAGCUCUUUUAGUUUACGAUAUUACUAAGCGUGAGAGUUUCUAACAUCUUGGCAGAUGGCUUGAAGAAGCUAGAUAAAACGGAAACCCAUAAAUGAGUUUUAUUUUAGUUGGUAACAAGUGCGAUUUGGAAUAAGAUCGUCAAGUAAGCUAUGAAGAAGGUGAAAAGUUUGCCAAAGAGCAUGAUCUUGUUUAUUUAGAAGUAAGUGCUAAAACCGCAUAUAAUGUUGAAGAAGCCUUCAAAUAAACAGCAAAAAUGAUCUAUGAAAAGAUUAAUCAAGGCUUAAUAGAUCCUAACAUCGAGACUUUUGGAGUAAAGGUUGGAACUGAAUAAAAUACUAUGACUUUAUCAGCAAAAACAAAGCCAACACCUCCAGCAUCUAAUGGCUGUUGUUGA